AUGUUUAAUUUACAUAUGGCAUUAUUAUCAUUUACAGAAGCAAUGAUUACGAACGACAGGGAUGGAGAUACUCGUAAUAUGCUUAAUGAUGAUUGUUCUGCGAAGGCCGUAACGCCAAUAGAAGCUAUAACUAUUGCGGAGAUGGAAGAAGUUCGUGCUUUCAUAAUUGAACAGCGAAAGAAGAAGGAAGCCGCUGAAGCGCGUUGGAGACGCUCAAUCACAAAAUCAAGUACUACACUAAGUUCAGUAUCUUCCAAAAGCAAGCCGCCCUCCGCAAAAAAGAUGCAAAUUAAAAAAGUCAAAAAAGCUUGCCAUAAUGAUGGAGUGAUAAAGGCAAUUGUUGAGCGUAGCAAAAAUGAAGAAAAUAUUGAGCCCGUUGAUGACGUAAUAAUGGACUAUGAGGAUGAGGAGGAUGAUUCUGAAGAUCCAGACCCCAAUGAAAUCGUUGAUUUAGGCGAUAAUGAGGAAGAGUACAAGAAAAUGAAAUCUGAGCGUUUGUAA